AAACAGGGGUUAGCUCCCGGUCAUCAUCGUGUCGAGAUGUGCAGGCUCGCGGCAGAAGAUGAGUAUGAUUGGCUAACAGUCGAUCCCUGGGAGACUGAGAGUCCAACUACCAUCCCAACUGCCCAAGUCCUAGAUCAUGUUGACUACGAGAUCAACGAUGUCAUCGGGGGCAUCGAGUGCGACGAGGGAACCAAGAGAAGUGCCAAAAUCGUCCUCUUGGCCGGCCUCGAUCUAGUUCAGACCAUGUCCACGCCUGGCGUCUGGGAGAAGCGUGAUCUUGACCAUAUUCUCGAUAGAUACGGCCUUUUCGCCUUGGAGCGCCGGGGAACUGAGACCGAACCGGCUCUGGCAAGCCUUGAGCAGUGGAGACAAAACAUACACAUCAUUCACAAGCAUGUCACCGAAGAUAUUAGCAGCACCAAGACCCGCUUGCUAUUGAAGCAAGAC